AUUUUCCGGCGGGCCAGGAAGAGGCGUAACAGGGCCAUGCAAAAGGGCCACGAAAUCUUCUGAUGGUCCGACGGAUGAGCUGGCUUAACGUUUAUCCAAAUAAUGCACCCCUACUUCUUUGUUUUAGCCGGACUUGACCCAGACCUCCUCUUCCACUUUCCGUCCUCCCAGAGAAGGUCAGUUCUCCACAUUUCCUCUCUCUCUCUCUCUCUUCCUCCCUUGCGCACAUGCUGUGCACGACAUAGCAAAUCAGCCAAACCGAUAAGGACGAGCUUGUCAAAAUUUGGACAAUCUAUUGUUCCUCGUUUGCCCCACCGCGCAACGCGACUCCGAUUCAAAAAUAGUUCUUUAUGGCAAUUUCGCGAAGCUUGGAUUCGCAGCAGCAGCAGCACGCACACAAGUUUCAUUUGCGAACCAACUUGGCGCGAGCACGCAGAGACGGCGGAGAUUUUUAGCGUUGAGAAAAAAGCGUGCUGUAAAAGCAUGGCCCUCCCGAAAACAGCAAGAAACCCUUUUUGCUGCAAGCUAUACAGUGUCGACCUACUAUGCCGUCAGCACUCCUAGGCCCUACGUACGUGUCCUUGCUGACUCGGAGACAGAUGCGAGCCUUCUCAGGACUGCCACCACCACCUGUGCCAACGGAUCCGGCAACUGCAGGAUCGUUGGGUGGAUUCAUCGCAACGAUCGCCGACAAGCUCGGAAUGGGAGAGCGCGGUUGCUGGGUUCCGCUACUUUGGAGGCUUCUUUCUGGAAUAUCUCAAGAAACAGACC